AGAAAGAAAAAUAGAACCGCAAACGUGGCCACGUCGUUCGCUAAUCGAGUCGACCUGAAUAAUUUCCGCGAUGCGUUUUAUCGUGGAUGCGAACAGCGUGCACAUCCCGCAGUAACUUCCUUUAUUAUUCCGAAUCGUUCGCGAAUUAUUCUCGGUUUAAUUAAAUUAAGCGCAGUUGAGUGAUUAAAAAAAAAACGAUACGUUGCAUUUCGCGUCGCUGUCGAAGAGGAAUAAAUAGUGAACGUGUCAAGAAGAUGAUCGAUAGUAAUUAUAACGGCCGAUAAUCGUCGAACGCGUUGGUUUUCCAAAGGAAAGUUACAGCUAAUCAAAGUCUUGCACAUUAUUAAUUAAUAAUUCUGCCGAAAUAAGCUGUUGAAACGCGCUUGAUAAAACAAGGUUAAUAAAACAAGACUAGAAGCAAUUAACGAAGCAGUUGAUGAGUUUUAGUUGACGAAACGUGUGUAAGAGGCGCUUAAUUAAACGAUGGCGCGUCAGGAUGGCAGAGAUGCCGCGGAUCAGAACUUUGAUUACAUGUUCAAACUGCUGAUAAUCGGCAACUCAUCCGUUGGAAAAACCUCCUUCCUUUUUCGUUACGCGGAUGAUUCCUUCACCUCAGCUUUCGUGUCAACCGUAGGGAUCGACUUCAAGGUGAAGACCGUCUUCAGACACGACAAAAGGGUCAAGUUACAGAUCUGGGACACGGCAGGUCAAGAGAGAUACAGGACAAUCACGACGGCCUAUUAUAGAGGCGCGAUGGGUUUCAUCUUAAUGUACGAUAUCACAAACGAAGAAUCCUUUAACUCAGUCCAGGACUGGAUCACACAAAUAAAGAAUUAUUCGUGGGACAACGCCCAGGUAAUCCUCGUGGGCAACAAAUGCGACAUGGAAGAAGAGAGGGUGAUUAGCUCUGAGAGAGGUAAACAGUUGGCGGAACAAUUAGGUGUACGAUUCUUCGAGACCUCGGCCAAGGAGAAUAUCAAUGUUAAGGCGGUAUUCGAGACGCUGGUGGAUAUAAUAUGCGACAAGAUGAGCGAAUCUUUGGACAAUGAUCCGACCCUGAUGGCGGGUGGUAUGGGCCAGACCAAGGGUCAACGACUUACCGAUCAGCCGACCAAUCCAUCGAACGCUAAUUGCAAUUGCUAAAAAAAUACGGCGACACGCGGAAGAGAGGGAAAAAAAGCCAGAGAGAUCGUAUGUGUGUGUUGCACAUGUGUGUUGCGUGUGUUAGAAAGAGAGGAAAAGAAAAAAAGGAGGAAAAAAGAGGAGAGGAAGUGUCGUGCGCGACGCUGGCGAGUUAACUAGUCCACUUACUUCGUCGUUCCUUCGUUAUGUUAUUUAUUUCGGAGGCCGCCUUUCGUUCUCAUCUAUUUCCUUUCAUCCUUUCUCGGCGCGAGGCGAUAUGUAAAAUGAAUUUAAUGUAUGCUAUAAUUAUAUAUAUAUAUAUAUACAUACAUAUAUACAAUAUAUAUACACGUAACGAUUGUGAUCAUUGAGAUGUGACCGAAUAGACUAACGACCGCGAUCGACCGUGGUCCUCCUUUCGGUUCAUUCGCUUGAUAGGAUCAGGAAUGGACUUUGAUAAGUUCAGAUUUCUAUGCCACAGAUAUGAUCAUUACGUUUUUCUUAUUAGGAAUAAACAUGAUAUUUGUUGCGAUAGUUAUUAAUGAUAUCAGUUCGCGGAUUGCUCCUUAAAUUAUUAAAAUUUACUUAAACCUAAUUCAGGUUUGACCAUCUCUAUUAUUUUUUUUUUUUUAAGAAUCAAAAAAGGCAAAAGAUUCAAUUGACUCGCGAUUAAUCAUCCGGAUAAAAAUGAAAAUCUUUAAAGCAACAAAAAUGAGAAAAUAUCUGUGCUUUUAUCGUAUAUAUGGUCCUUUUUACAAUUUUAUUAAAAAGUUGAUUUUUAUAAAACUUAAAUUUUUUAUAUAUUAACUGUAUUUCGCUUAUCGAGAUUAUUCUCGUGUAUCUGGCAUCGAGAUCUGAGCUAAAAUAAUGCCGAGUGAUGAUUUCUAUUACUGAGAAGAAAAAAAAAAUAGAAAAUUGCGCGAGAAAAGAUACUAGAAGUAUGAAAAAAACAUUGUAUUGUUUCGCGGUUGAUAAUAAUUAAUGACGAUGAUCAUUAUAGCGGGAACGAUGUUGCUUACUCGAUGUUUGGCAUUAUAGAUUCAUGCAAAAAAAUCGGACACGAGUCGAAGGGAGUGACUCCGUGCAUUAAAUAAAAUGCGCUCAAAAAAGUCUGACAAUAAGUGUCAAUCAUUCGACAAAAUUCACAACACAAGUUCUGAAUAUCGAGUAAACGGAGAUGUAAUAGAUGAAAGGUUAAAAUACAAGAGCGAUAAGAUACGCGAGCAGUUGCUUUAACGAUUAUUAUAUUAAUUAAUAUUCGUAAUUUAUGUGAAAGCGAUUGAAUAAGAUUCACGUAAUCUAUAAUCAGAUAUUCUAAAUCUAAAAAAAAAAAAUUAUUUAAAAUGAAUAUAAAAUGAAAUAAAAAAAUCCUUCAACAAGAUACGCUUGAAAAAACUUAAAUAAUAUGUUUAAGAAGAAUUUUUUUUAUCUUUUAAAGACCUAAAACAUUUCAUUAUCAAACUUUUUCAGCAUUUGAAACAUUUUUUUAACCAAUAAUAUUCGAUUAUUCAUGCGCAAUUGAUGAUUGUGUAUCGACUAAUGUACUUGCAGCGAGUAUAACUCUCGUAAUUUAGAUAUAAAGUGUCACGAUGAUAAUGACAAUGCCGAUCAAAUAUGCACAAUUUAUUUUCACUCACGGAAAAGUCUAAAUAUUUUAAAAUCAAGCGUUUUUGGAUAUUAAAUACAUUUUUCGUUGCGACUGAAGUAUAGCGGUUUGUUAAGGUAUCUUUUUUGCAAAUUGAUUAUAAUGCCAAAUUUUGAAAAAGUUCCUGAAAAGUAUUUGAUUGUAUUUAUUGUUAUUUUAUUUUUCAUUAAUUUUCAAUUAAUGUAAUGUAAUGUAAUUUCGUUGACGUCUCGUUGCUCUUUUUUUUUUUUUAGAUGAAAUGAUAUUUAUCAAUAAAAAAGCGACAAGAAAGUUGUGUAUCGCAAGAGGAAAUUUCAUUUCUGUGCAAUUCUCUUUAUAACUACGUUUAAUCAAUUAUCUAUUUAAUUACCCAUCGAAUAAAAUGACAAGAUUAUGAUCGUGAAAAAAAAAUAUCGCCUUCGAUAAAAUGUUAAAUCUCCGAAUUUUCGAGAUAAGUGUCGCGGUAUAAGUAAUAAUGUAAUCAAUAAUAAUCACUCAGCAAUUUCAUAUAUUGUAUCAAUCUCGAAAUGGCAUUCUUCGCAAAAUUAUUUAAGGAGGAAGCAUUAGCGAAUGCUAAUGUCGGUAUCGACGAAGGCCGAGAUAAUGUUAAGGCCGUGUUCGACGAGAUCGCAAAGCAUCUAGAGAGGAACCAGGAGCAUCGAUCUGGUGUCAAUUAUCGAGGAGUACCGACGUCCCGCUACUAUUAUUACUAUUACUUCAGUCAUCAUCCGGCGUUAAACCUAUCUACCUAUCUACUAUAGGCAAGCUGCCCUCUGUACAUAAAUGAGAUAAUAAAUGCAAAAAGGUAUCUAUUAUGUAUCACUGAAUCUGUAAUAAGGUGUAAUGUGUAAUGCGUUAAUUUAGCGAGAAGAGCAUGCCAGAAAUCACGCGGCCCGCGACACCGGACGCGGGUAAUUAAUUGACAAUGAUUAAUCGAUCGCGAAUUGUCAAACGGCAAUCGCGUCCUCGAUCGAGCGAUUGAAAGCGAUGAGAAAAAGAGAAAAGCAACUUUUAGCGCGAUUUAAAAAAAAAAAACGCAGUUAUUAGUGGAUACUAGCACUAUUGUAACUUCGACAAGUACGUAUCUUCGUUACAGAUAUAUGUGCAAAAAUCUUACGCCAAUUAUCGCAUGCCCGAAUUAUUUGCAGAUCGUUCCCGUUAUAGAUUUUUAUCUACAGCGUUAAAAUCCAAACUAAUUGAAAUUAUACAGAAUUUUGAUCUCUGUUUUUUUCUUAUAAACAGAAAUGUUCUUCCGGUUGUCGCGGGUAUUUGUAUGUAUGUAUCGUACGGUGUGUAAACUGUACUAUAUAUAUACGCCUAAUAUUAACUAUAAUUACGUUAUGAUAAAAUAAUAAUCUAUCACUACAGACACAUACACCACGCGCGCACACAUACAUAUACAAUAUCACAUCGAGGAAAAGAAUAACAUGAAAAGACACACAUGGAGAAAAAAAAAAAAAGAAAAGAAAAGAAAAAAAAAACAAAUUCACAUCACAGGCGUUACGUUGACCAUUUGUAACAAAACAGUUGUAUUCUAAAUAAGCUGUAUAAUUGUAGCAGAAGUCAAUCAUGGAUGUUUUCAACGAUCGCUACGUCGUAUAUGUUAAUUAUACGUGUAUAUGUGCACAAUCUGUUAAUGACGCUGACCCCGAGAGAGAAAGAGAGAUAGUGCGUAUGUAUGUAAGCAUGUGAGAAAAAGUGAGAAACAGAGUGAAAGGACGAGCAAAAGAAAAUGAGAGAAUGUAACACAGAAACUACUUUGCAAUGAAAAAAUUUGACGUAGCGGCAAAUGUAAACAAUAUAUAUACAUAUACAUAUAUAUUUAAAAAAAAAUGACAAAGCUAAUUGUGUAUCGCUCGCGUUGCAUGUCUAAUAUGUACGCGUGUACAUACGUGAGAAAAUAGCGAGCGAGCAAGCGAGAGAGAGAGAGAGAGAGAGAGAGAGAGGGAGGGAGAGAGAGAGAAAAAUACGAAAAAAAAAGAAAAACAAACAGUGGAGUAAAUCUAUAAUUUGCAACACGUGUACAAAUCAUUGACAAUUCGGAGGACCAAUUGGUAGAUUGCAGUUGGCAGUCGCUUAUCGCGAUCUCGUUCAAUUGUGACACGACUCUCGAUUAGUCUUUACCCCAAUUCCACCAUUACUCGCUCUGCGAAAAAAAUUGACAAAAGAAAGGACGAAUCGAAAAAUGAAUUUUGUCCCUCUGUCAAACAAAAAUGUGCAAUCUGAAGAAUCAAUUUAGAAGAUCUUCUUUGAAAUCAUUUCGGUUUUCUUUCUAUUGACAGAGAGAAAAUAUAAAAAUUUUUAAAGCCAAUCGCACAUAAUUCAAGAUUCCGAAUGCAUAAAGUAAAAUCUUACGGAUUCUUUCGUCCUUUUUCUGCAGAGGCUUUUCAUAUCAUCGUAUCAACCACUGAAUCCUCCGGAAUCAACUCGCGGAAUAUUUUUCGCGAAAGAAUUAUCGAGUGUUUCGCGAAAAUACCCGGCGAGAUCGAUGUUGUUAUAAACGUCGACGAUACGAUAAGGCGCACUGUCUUGAAUUCGUUUCGCGAAAAAAGAGAGAAAGAGAUGUGCGAGUUUACGAUUACCUGUCAUUUCUGCCUUGCAUAGCGCAUAUCGUUAAAAGAUUCUCGGUCAUUGACAAUCCUCGUCAAUCGAAUUUGCGCGAUUUAUCGCGACGGAGAGUGACUUUUCCCUCUGCCCGAAUAUUUAGAAUGAUGAAGCUUCAUUGUACGCCAGUGUAUCAAGCAUCGAUCAUAUAUAUAUAUAUAGACAGAGCUUAAUUGUAUAGAAACAAAUACAGUCAGCGAUAUCGAUUUUCUCCACGGGAGUAA